AUGCCAUUCGCUAUGAAGGAACUCCCCGUAGAGAUCUUGGACUUCAUUCUUAAGUAUCUCUUUCAGGAUACAAAAGCCCUGAAAUCCUGCUCGCUGGUGUGCAGCGAGUGGUCUCAGCUCGUUCAGCGGCGCCUUUUCAAUAGCCUCGUUGUCGAUGAAAACGAAGACCUCGAUAUUGAUAGGUGCCGACGUCUGCUGGAAUUAGUCAACGAAUCCCAACAUCUGGCACGCCACUUCCACCACGUUCAACUCUCUGUCUCCUUCGACUCCCCGGGUUGGCUCGAACUCGGGCGCGAUAUACUCCCCGAACUUUUGUCUCGACUUCCGGAAGUCAGAUCGCUUAAGCUCCGUAACGACAACGUUCAGUCAGCCUUUUCGCAACUACCAGAUAGCUUUCGCCUUUCACUACGCCAUACGCUAUCAUCUCCGUCCUUUGAGAAGUUGGAUCUUUGGGGAUGGGUCUUCUUUUCCAGCGCAAAGAACUUAGUAGAACUCCUCCAGUGCUGCCGGGAUUCCCUGACAUCUCUGGGCUUGUCCUUGAUUAGCUACGAUGACACGAGCGAAGGCGACAAUUCCGAACCCCUACACGUUAAACUACACAAGCUAAAGGAAAUACGCUUCCUUGGGGCGGGUGCAUUCCCGUAUCACCGAAUAUUCGAAACGCCCAACGUCGAUACAGUCUCCUGGCCACUACAUCGGUCGAACGAAGGGCCCUGCCGUUCGACUCUCGUGCUUCAGGGCUUUCCUGAUCUUGUCCCGCAUUGGAAGUUCCACAUUCAUGAUGGAUGCGAAGACGUGGAUAUUCGCAUGUGCGAUGCAUUGCAAGCGUCUAGCUUCGCGUGCCUUCACUGCCUCUAUCUCUCUAUAGAGUGCCAUACCUCGUCCAAUUUUGCCGUUCUUGCCAUCGCAUACCUUCGCCAGCUCCUCCCCGUCGCGCAGCUAGAGUCCAUCACCAUCGAAUGCCUCGUAAACUGUGACGGCCCGUAUGGGCCGGAUAUCUGGGAUCACCAGCACUGGGGAUUAUUUUGCGAUAGCUUGAUAUCUCUAUUCGAAGCCUGCGCAGCGGAAUAUAUUACCCUCAUUUUCCAGGUCGAGCGUUGCGAAGAGGCAGGGGAUUCGAUAGGGCCGCACGAUCCUAGCGAUCUAGAGAACCCGAGUCCAUGCCAGCCCGGGGACACCGACCCCCAGCCGGUUGAGGCACCUGUUGGACCGGUGGAAGAAUCUGACGACGAUUGGGAUGAAGACUCUCUUCAUUUUAUCUAUAAUGAAAAUGUCGAAACGGACACGCAGUCGGUGAAGAAACAAGUUGCGGAAACUCGGCGGAUGAUGAGGUCCCGAUUCGACGCGGCUGGACUAGGGGAAGCUGUCCAGAUGUAUACGCGGUUUCUUCUGCACGAGGUUGAACGGUGA